CAGUGGUAUUUUUGAAAAAAUGGAAACGUAAAAAGGAUUAAAAUUGUCCGUAAGCUCAAAUGGAAUGUUUUUGCCAUUGGAAUCGAGGGAAUCAAGAUCGCAGGUGGAAAGUGGAUUGAUCUAAUGAGACUGGUUUCGGGAUCCAAGGUACUGAGAUUUGUGAACCAGAUUUAUACAACAUUCGGUUCUUACUUCUGAGCUUGAUUACUUUGUGUUGAUUGUUGAUUGCGGUCUGUGGAGCAAUGGCAUCUAGAGCUUCUAAUGUCGAUCUCUUUGAUGCUUAUUUUCGGCAUGCUGAUUUGGACCACGACGGCCGCAUCAGUGGCACCGAAGCUGUCUCCUUCUUCCAAGGCUCUGGUUUGCCCAAGCAGGUCCUCGCUCAGAUUUGGGCUUUUGCAAACCAAAGCCAGAGUGGAUUCCUUGGUCGGGCAGAGUUUUACAAUGCCCUUAAGCUUGUCACUGUAGCGCAAAGUAAACGGGAGCUUACUCCUGAAAUAGUAAAAGCAGCAUUAUAUGGUCCAGCUACAUCUAAAAUACCUGCACCUCAAAUCAAUUUUAGUGCCACAGUUGCACCCCAACUGAAUUCUUCUGCACCUACGCCUUCACCUAUGCCCACCACCACAGCUACACCUGCAUCUGCACCUGCAUCUACAUCUGCAUCUGCAUCUGCAUCACAGAGUAAUAUUAAUUCUAUGCCCCAUCAAAAUGUUGGACUAAGAGGGCCACUCCCAAGUUUAAGUGGAAACCAGCAAAAUCUUCCUUACCCGGGAAGCCCAUUAGUGAAGCCAACACAAAAUAUCCCUGAUAGUGCUUCUAAUCUAGCACCUGGUAUUGCCAAUCAGGGAAUCCGUGGAGUGAUGGCUGGUGGAGGACCUCAUGCUGAAACUCAUGGCAUACAAAGUGAUGGGUCCACUCCCCAGAUGGUUGGUGUUCCAGCGGUAACAUCCUCUCUAAUAGCACCUAGAGGAAGUAGUCCCACAUCUACUCAGGAGGUGUCUGGGCUUGCAACAUCUGGAUCAAAUGUUAGACUGGCAGUGGGACAAUAUCCUGCCUCUGGCACUAAGUCAUCUGAUCAAGCGGCUAAGGAUUCUAAGUCAGCGGAUACUUCUGGGAAUGGUGUUGCUUCUGAUAUAGCCUUUGGAGGGGAUAUGUUCUCUGCAAGCUCGUUUCAGCCCAAGAAAGAUUCUUCUACACUAGGAUUUUCUUCUGGAAGUUCACCACUUUCAUCAGCUACUGUUCCUGUAUCUGGAGGGAACCAGCAGUCUAUUAGGACUAGCUUGACUGAAUCUUUGCAGAGCCCAAUUGCAUCCCAGCCUGUUGGUGCACAGCUUCCACAGGUCCAACCAGUGGGGAAACAGAAUCAGCAUGCCUUGGUCCAAACACAUAAUAUGCCAAAUCCACCUGGACAUCCAGUGAGGUUGCAGGAUUCUGCUUCUAGUCAGCCUCAAUCUCCAUGGCCAAGGAUGACUUCAACUGAUAUUCAGAAGUAUACAAAAGUAUUUGUUGCAGUAGAUACAGAUAGGGAUGGGAAAAUCACUGGGGAACAAGCCCGGAACUUGUUCCUUAGCUGGAGAUUACCACGGGAGGUUUUAAAGCAGGUUUGGGACUUAUCUGAUCAAGAUAAUGAUAGCAUGCUUUCUCUCAGGGAGUUUUGUAUUGCACUGUACCUAAUGGAACAACACAGGGAAGGACGUGCUCUUCCAGGAGUACUUCCAAGUAACAUUCUCCUUGCUUUACCACCUUCUGGCCUACCUGCCACUCAGUACAGUUCUGUAACUUGGGGAAAUCCAUCAGGUUUUCAACAAGAGGAAGGGAUGAGUGACCCUGGUGCUCAACGAGUGAACCCAACUACAGGCCGGCCACCAAGGCCAGCUUCUGUUUUUCUGUCUGAUGAAGGACUUCAAAAACAGCAAAAGUCCCAAGUUCCAGUGUUGGAGAAGCACGUCAUUAAUCAGUUGAGUUCAGAUGAGCAAAAUUCAAUUAAUUCAAAGUUUCAAGAAGCAUCAGAAGCUGAUAAGAAGGUGGAAGCACUUGAGAAAGAAAUUGUGGAGUCCAGAGAGAAAAUAGAAUUCUGCCAUGCAAAAAUGCAGGAACUUGUUCUGUACAAGAGCAGAUGUGACAAUCGUCUUAAUGAGAUCAUAGAAAGGACAUCAGCUGACAAGCGUGAGGUUGAGAUCCUCACAAAAAAGUACGAUGAUAAAUAUAAACAAGUUGGAGAUGUAUCAUCCAAGUUAACUACUGAGGAAGCCACAUUUCGUGACAUACAGGAGAAAAAAAUUGAAGUGUAUCAAGCAAUUGCCAAGAUGGAACAAGAUGGAAAUGUAGAUGAUUCUUUACUGGCUCAUGCUGAUUGUAUCCAAUCAGACCUUGAUGAACUGGUAAAAUCUCUAAACAACCGGUGUAAGAAGUAUGGAUUACGUGCAAAGCCAACAACACUUGUGGAACUACCCUUUGGCUGGCAGCCUGGUAUCCAAGAAGGAGCUGCUGACUGGGAUGAAGAUUGGGAUAAGCUUGAAGAUAAAGAAUUCGCCUUUGUCAAAGAACUCACACUUGAUGUGCAAAACAUCAUCGCACCUCUGAAACAAAAAUUGCCAUUGGCUUCGAAACAGAAAGAUUCAGAAAUUGAUAGUUCCAGAAUUGCAGCUUCACCUAAGAGUGAUAAAAAGUCUGAAAAUCCCCAGAACACAGAUGAGCAAGAAGUUGGCAAUAUUCAUAAUAAAAGUGAAGAUGGGUCUGCAAAAAGUGUUCCUAACAGUCCAUUUUCUAGGAGUUCUAUUGGAAGUCCCCAGAGAGACUUUGCUGACUCUGGCAUGGGGAUGAUUGCUGCUGGCGAAGAUCGUUCACCCCGUGAUCAAGAUAUCAUACAAGGAACCCAAAGUGAUCAUAGUGGAGUCAAGUCUGUCUUUUCUGGUGAGAAAAUUUUUGACGAACCAAAUUGGGGAACCUUUGACGCUAAUGAUGAUAUUGACUCAGUUUGGGGAUUCAAUGCCAGUAGCACCACAAACGAGGAGAGAGAUCUUAAGGGAGCUGGAGAUGACUAUUUCUUUGGUUCUGGGGAUCUGGGCCUUGGCUCGAUUAAAACAGGUUCACCACAGGGUGGUGAUCCCUUCCUGAAGAGUGGCGGAUUCAGUUUUGAUGAUUCUGUUCCAAACACACCACUUUUCAGCUCCAGCAGCUCUCCACAAAGGCCCAAAGAGUGGUUGGACAGUUCUUUUGACAACUUCUCUAGAUUUGAUUCUUUCCGUUCAGAGGAUAGUGGCACUUUAUCUACUCGGGAGACACCAACGCGGUUUGAUUCAGUCCGCAGAGAUAUGGACUUUGAUCAUCUUCAAGGCUUUCCGGCAUUUGAUGACUCAGAUCCCUUUGGCUCUGGGCCAUUUAGGACUUCAUCAGAAAACGAAGCUCACAGAAGAGGUUCUGAUAAGUGGAGUGCUUUUUAGUUUUGUGGUUCUUUUCCUAUUUGCGGUGUUGCCUCUGAUGGAAUGGGUUGUCUGUCACAUUGUUGGGAACCUGGCAUUUGUAUUCAUUGUAUUAAUCCUGUGUAUUCCUUGUUAUUCUGAACCUGUUUAUAAUUUUGCCAUGUUGGUUCGUAAUUUUUCCGUAGGGUACCUUUGUCCACUUGAAGAGGAUUGUGGUCCCGAUGACUAUCGGAUUGUUGUCUGGUGAGGGAAGUUUCAUUGUGAUUCUUUGUUUUCGGCUUUUUUGGGGUAAUAGAUUGCGUUUUAUUU